AUGGAAGUGGUUCAUCAUCGGACACCAUCCGAAGUUUCAGCACAAGUUGAAGGAGAAGAUAUUAUUAGCACCAUGCCAGAGGAUGUGGUCACUAAUAUUAUGAAUCGUUUGCCGUUAAGAGACGCGGUGGGGACUAGUGCAGUCACAAAGUUUGCCCUCUUUAUAAGCAAUGAAAUCGAAUUAGAUGAAGAGGCUAUUCAUCAUUGGGUUAUGUCGUUGUCUAGAAUAGGAGGAUUAAAGGAACUCACUUUGAUAAAUUGGUGUCAAACAUCGGUUAAGUUGCCUACCCAUCUUUUCUCUUGUCUAGAGUUGAAACAUUUGCACCUUUAUGACUUUGUUUUGUCUCCUUCGCCUAAAUUUCAAGGUUUUCCAAAGCUAAUAAGCUUAAAAUUGCAAACUGUAAGAUUCCAAGACCGUAGAUGUGGGGAAUUAAUUGCCCAAAGUCCCUUACUUGAGACUCUGAAAAUUUCGAAUUACAGACACAAAAUUAGAGGAGAAAUGAAUUUGGUGGAGAUUGCAAAACUCAAAAAUGUCAAGACGUUAUGUUUGCCAUUGUAA